AUGGCGGCGGCGCUCAUCGCCCCCCACCUCCCCGGCUGCGCGUACGCGAGCGCGCUGUGCAUCGUCAUCAACGGCAUCGCGAGGACGCCCAAACGCUCCCGGCGGCUCAUCAGCGGCACGCCGCUGUAUUUGUAUCAGGUGGCGCUCGCGUUCCAAAUCCUCGUGUACCCCGCGCUGACGCUCUCCGCGUGGAGCGCGUCGCGCGGCGGGCUGUACUCCGUGUCGUGGCUGAAGGACGGGUGGGGCUCGAACGCGAUGGCGGACGCGAAGCUCUACGAGCGCGCGUUCAUGUGCGCGGUCAUGGGGUUCAUGGUGAAAGACCUGUACUUGUUCAAAGACGACGCGCUCUUCUUCCUGCAUCACGUCGUCGCCAUCGUCGGCCUCCUCCUCUUCUUCGUCGUCCCCGCGGGGUUGGGGUCGUUCAUCUUGGGCACGACCAUCUUCGAGCUCGGGAACUUCACGUUCAACAUCGCGCUCGUGUACGGCAAAGACAGCGGGCGCGCGACGUCGGGGCGGACGAAGCACCUCGCGGAGGUGUGCUACGCCGUCGGGAUGCCGCUCUCCAACGUCGUCGGCGGCGCGAUGUUUCUCUGGUUCGCCACGUUCCCGGGGCUGAAGGGCACGUCUUGGGUGUACGGCCUCGGUGCGAUGUGGUUCGGGUUGAUCGCGGGGAGGUUGCUCGUCGUGUACGGUAGGUGGGGGGCGUACGUGGAGAGCAGGAAGCUCGGGAGCGCGCGAGGGCCGGGCGGGGAGAGGAGAAGCGCGAGGAUCGCCGCGGCGCCGGCGGGUCCGAAACGCGAGUGA